AUGACGCACACGAAUUUACGAUACGCAAAAGUGUGUGAGGCAAACAGGUUAAUUGUCAAAGCUGACACAGACCCUCUCAAAAGACGGUUUACCUGUCUGUCCAUCCUGUUUGACGCCAAAGAAGCAGCUGAUAUUGACCUUGAUACUCUCUUUAACCUUGCCCUUUCAGAUGGACAAGCUGCAAAAGAUGAAAUGCAAGGGGUGAUUGUUUAUGAUUAUGAAUUGAAUAUUGGGUGGGGAAAAUUGGUUUCCCUCCCUUCUCAAUCACUCCCUGCUUCUCCUCCAGGACAAAUGGCCAUCAGGAGUAAAGAGGGUGCCACUGUAAUCUUGUCUGGUCCAUCUGGUCCUCCUGUUACUUCUGUCCCAAGUCAGAAUUCUGAGUUGGUUCUUACUCCCAAUGUACCAGAUGAUAAAGGUCUUACUGGAAGUAGCUCAGAUUUGGGAUACAAUUAUGGAAAGUUCUAUGCAAUGGAUGGAGCUACCCAUGUGACAUGUGGAGUAUUGGCUGCAUACUUGUUGAAUAAUUUACGGGAAGGAGCUACUGACUGUAGUUCUUGUGCAGCUGUUAUGUUAGAGCUUGCUCGAGGAAUCUCCCAAUGGGCUCAUGGUUUCAAGAACUCUGUUAUUUUCUUGUUUAACACCAGGGAAGACGAAGGCUUAAAUGGAGCCCAUAGCUUUAUUACUCAGCAUCCAUGGAGUAGAAGUAUACAUAUGGCUAUAGACUUGGAAGCCAUGGGCGAUGGUGGAGCAUCUACUAUUUUUCAGGCGGGUCCGAACCCAUGGGCGAUUGAGAACUAUGCAUUGGUAGCAAAAUACCCCUCUGGUCAAAUUUUUGCUCAGGAUCUUUUUACAUCAGGUGUCAUAAAAUCUGCUACUGAUUUUCAAGUUUACAAAAAGGUUGCUGGUCUUUCAGGUCUUGACUUUGCUUAUGCAGACAAUACAGCUGUAUAUCACAUAAAGAAUGACAAGUUGAAACUUUUAAAACCGGGUUCCCUUGAACACCUUGGAGAAAACGUGCUUACUUUUCUUCUUCACUCUGUUUCAUCUUCUCAACUCACUAAAAUGGCAUCCAAUAACAAAAAUCAACAUGAUCCCGCCAUAUAUUUUGACAUUUUGCAUCCUGAUCUCAUCAUUGUAGAUUUCACUGUACCUAAUGCUGUAAAUGAUAAUGUCGAAUUGUAUUGUAAAACUGGAGUGCCUUUUGUGAUGGGAACUACUAGUGGAGAUAGGGAUCUUUUGUAUAAAACUGUGGAGGAAGGAAAGCUUUAUGCAGUCAUAUCUCCUCAAAUGGGAAAACAGGUUGUGGCAUUUCUUACAGCUAUGGACAUAAUGUCCAAGCAAUUUCCUAGAGCAUUCUCUGGACAUACCCUAGAGGUGUUGGAAUCUCAUCAAUCAACAAAGCUGCACACAUCUGGAACAGCAAAAGCCAUUUCAUGUUUCCAGAAACUUGGAGUUUCCUUUGACAUAGAUGAGAGGAGCAUCUUAAUGUAUCAUCUCACAUCUCCUGAUGGAACAGUUUCAUUUGAGUUUCAGCACAGUUUUUGUGGGAGAUCAAUUUAUGCAGAGGGUGCUAUUGAUGCUACACUUUUUUCUCGCUAA